AUGGGGAUUGGUGCUCGCGAGCUCUACUACUAUCAAAUCCCUGAACACUUCACAUUCACUACCCAGCAAGGCUGGAGACCCAGAAAACGAAAUUUUGAACACUACUGCCUGAGAAUUCUCCUUCUGAAUACAAAAGGAAAAACUUUCCUUUAUAUAGGGAUAGCAUACAAGAAGCAGUGCAAUUUCAGACUCCAUCAACAUUAUGCAGUUUCUUCACAUGCCUACUUUGUUAUUGCGAAGUGGGACCACAUUAACCGUGGAGUUGGAGAAAAUGAGGCUGUCGCUGUGGCAUACUCUGACAUAGCAGAACGAAUGCUGCCUAUGGACAAAGUGCUACAGCAUGUUCUCCGAGCAAUGUACGACCGGAUGUUCCUAUUUUGCCUACAGAUUAUGAUCUUUACCAAUUUGAAGGCUCACGGCUAUACGGAACGUUGA